UCCAAUCUAAACAUUAUUCAAAUCGUGCCUUGCUUCACAAGAAGGGCUCCUAAGCAGAGUAUAAAAUAAAAUUCAGCCAAAAAAUUUUCAGUCUGCUCUCUAAUUCCUUCUCUAAUUAAGCAAUUUUUUGAGCUCUUAUAAUCGAAUCGAAAAUGUUCCUCACAAGGACUGAGUAUGAUAGAGGAGUUAACACUUUCUCUCCAGAAGGCCGAUUGUUUCAAGUUGAAUAUGCCAUUGAAGCCAUCAAGUUGGGUUCCACUGCGAUUGCCGUAAAAACUAAGGAAGGGGUGAUUCUUGCUGUCGAGAAGCGCAUUACCUCUCCACUUUUGGAGCCUAGUAGCGUGGAGAAGAUUAUGGAGAUAGAUGAGCAUAUUGGCUGUGCUAUGAGUGGUUUAAUUGCUGAUGCCCGAACACUGGUUGAACAUGCUCGAGUUGAAACUCAGAAUCAUAGGUUCUCUUAUGGUGAGCCCAUGACAGUGGAGUCAACCACACAAGCUCUCUGUGAUCUUGCCCUGCGAUUUGGUGAAGGAGAUGAAGAGUCAAUGUCUAGACCAUUUGGUGUAUCUCUUCUUAUCGCUGGUCAUGACGAGAAUGGUCCCUGCUUAUACUAUACUGAUCCUUCUGGCACAUUCUGGCAAUGCAAUGCAAAAGCCAUCGGUUCAGGUUCUGAAGGUGCUGAUAGCUCUUUGCAAGAGCAGUAUAACAAGGAUCUAACUCUUAAAGAAGCGGAGACCAUAGCACUUUCCAUUUUGAAGCAAGUUAUGGAAGAAAAGGUUACCCCCAAUAACGUUGAUAUUGCGAGUGUGGCCCCAAGAUAUCAUCUGUACACCCCAUCUGAUGUCGAAACUGUUAUCAAUCGCCUAUGAGAAGGGCAUCUAGCAGUUCCCAUUAUGGCUUCAUGCGUAAUGCAAAUCUCAAAUUUCUCUUCCAAUUUAAACUGUCUGUUGAAAUACUUCAUUUGGUGAAUGUGCUUGCUUAUACUUCAUGGUUAUGGGUUUUAAUUUGGGCCUAUUCUUUUCUCGAAGGCUUGCAAAUUUAGUUCUUGCUUAUGUUUGGGGCCCAUUUGUUUCUCAUUAAUUGAAGAAUGAAAAUGAAAAAUAUGAUCG